ACAGGCGCCACAAAAGCAAUGAGAAGUUGUAUAUCUCCACUCAUAGUGCUCUUUGCAACGCUGCUUUGCAAUGUCGACUCGUUCUUGGUUCCAGCUCCCACCAUUGCAUCCGCCUGCUCAUCCCAACCUGCGAUGGCGGCUGCUGCGAGCACAAGCAGCACGGAAACACAGGACCGUGCCGCCGUGGUGCCUCAGUUACUAGAGUGGUGUAAUAAGAAUGGUAUCAAAGAUGCCAGUAAGAUCACCAUCGGGCCCGUGAGCCAGGCGGGGAUGGGUUUGGGGUUGGUGGCCACUGCCCCAAUCAAGCAGGGGGAAACACUUGCCACUGUUCCUCUUAACUUGUGCUUCUCCAUGGACAGCGUUCGUGCCUCCCCCUUGGGCAAGGUAAUAGGAGAAUUUGAGCCAGCUCUGGGAGACGCAUCCCUGAUAGCACUCCAACUCUUGUACGAAGCGCACAUGGGACCUAAAUCCAAGUAUGCUGUCUACAUCAAAAGUCUUCCCCGCCCCGGGCAGGAUGGCUUUGAUCAUCCGCUUUUCUGGUCCACCGCCGAGCAGGGCGUGCUCGCCAAGUCAUCCACACGCAAUCUUGGAGAGACCUUGAUAGAUGCCGUAGCCGAGGAUUACGGAUGGAUUCAAAGCGCCCUUGCCCGAGGGGGCAUCUCAGGCCUUCAGGCUGACAGUUUUGACCUGAGCGAUUUUGAGUGGGCGGUGGCCGUGGUCCUCUCCCGCUCUUUUUUUGCCGAGAAUGGUUUACGUCUCGCCCCUCUUUUGGACAUGGCAAACCGAGGAGAAGGCUGCACGAACGAACCACAGAUUGGAGGGCUGGGGAUUUUUGGAGGAAAAGGCCUUAAAGUGAUCGCGGACCGGGACACGGACAAGGGUCAGGAGAUCGUCAUUUCCUACGGACCGAAAAGCGGGAUCGAAUUUCUAGAAGAUCACGGCUUUGUACCUCCGCCGUUGGAGGGGAACGCAUUGGUCGGGGGGAUGUGCUCACUCACCUUUAAAAUCUCGCCGGAGGGGGACAGGUUCUAUGACGACAAGGAGGACGUGAUGGGUACAUUGGGGCUGCCCAUGGCCUUCUCCUUCGACGUCCGGAGCGAUGGCGACGUCGACCCGGAGAUGCUCCAAUUUUUAAGGUUUCUGAAGCUGGGAGGAAAAGACGCGUUCCUGCUAGAGGCUGUAUUCCGCAACGAGGUCUGGCGAUUCAUGGAACUCCCGGUGAGCGAGGCGAAUGAGCAAGCAGUGGACGAGGUCAUCAUCGAUGCCUGCACACAAGCCUUGGCCAAUUUUGCGGAAGCAGAGGUCUUGACAGACGAACUUAUCCAAAAAGAGGGGGUGAGCCCAUUGACGAUUGCCA